AACAGCUGUUUCUCUCUCAAAAGAUCACACUUGAUUUCGAUAGUUCAAUUUCCAUUUUUAAGCAAUGUCAGAAGCAACGCGAAUUUAUUUUCGUGCUAAAAAUCCAAAUCCAUUGUUUACCGAAUGGUUGGAGUAUUGGACGAAACAAGCGGAAGAAAAAGAAUCAAUGAAACAAUAUACAUUGGCUAAAGCGUUGGAAUCGUUGAAGAAAUACCCGUUGGUUUUGUAUUCAGGACGAGAUUGUGCCAUUUUGGACGGUUUUGGCAGUGGUAUCUGUGCUAUGAUUGACAAACAAUUACAAGUGUACAAAGAUUCAAAUCCAGGUCGAUUGCUCAGCGAACAACAAAUGGGUGUGAAGGAAAAAAGUAUCAUUUUUGAUGUGAAGACACGAUUUGACGAAAAACGAACCAAGAAAAAUCCAAUUUUUGACUUUAAGGAUAAACUUGAUGAUACACUCGAAGCACUACUCAAUGACAAUGGAUUUGAACAGGAUAUUGAAAUGGAACCCAUUGUGACAAUGACACAACCCAUGCCAUCGGUAGAUUUCAUGCCAUCGAAAGUGCGGCUACGUGGUGGCAAAUUUAAAAUCAUUCUAUUGGUUGACACACAAGAAACGGCUGGGAAAUCAAAACGAAUGCUGGACACAACUUUGAAGGCAUUGGAGCAAAGAAAGAUUGUAUUUGAAGUGCGUCGAUUGUCAGUGGGUGAUUUUCUUUGGAUUUGUCGUGAUGAAACAAGAAAAGAGCACGAAUUUGUCUUACCGUAUAUUGUUGAACGUAAGCGAAUGGACGAUUUGGCGAGCUCCAUAAAAGAUGGCCGAUUUCACGAACAAAAGUUUCGAUUAUCUGACUGUGGUUUACACAAUAAAAUUUAUAUGAUUGAAAAUCGCGGGAACAAUACACACGUUGGUCUUCCAUUGACGAAUUUAUUGCAAGCGGCCACAAAUACAUUGAUUCAAAAUGGAUUCAUUUUGAAAUUUACCGACUCGAAUGACGAUUCAAUGCUUUAUUUGUCUGUUAUGAGCAAUUUGUUGAUCAAAAUGUUUGCGAAAAAAGAUUUGGUGCAAUCGACAAAAUCCGAAAUCGAUCGUUUACCCCCCACCUACUACAGCGAGAUUAACUCAAAAUCUGAAGUGGAACUGAUUGACUUCAAAGAAUUCUCUGACAGCACGGGAAAAAUGAGAAAUUUCACAAUUCGUGAUAUGUUUAAUCGUCAACUGGUCUCAUUGAAAACCCUGUCAAUCGAUAAAGCGCUGGCAAUAACCGAAGUGUAUCCAACGCCAAAAAGUCUUCUGUCCGCAUACCAACGGUGUUUCGAUGAAAACGAAGCAAUAAACCUUUUGGCAAACAUUCCGUGUGGAAAAAUGAAACGACCCUUAGGCGCAACAAUUAGUCAAACUAUUUAUAAGUUAUACAAUUCAAAUUCGUAUGAAUAAAUAGCUACCACUUAACGAAUA